AUGGCGUGGACGCUGCUGCUCCUGUGCUUCGGCCUGCCGCUCGCGCUCGCCCCACGCGCCCACAACAACACGCACGAGGUGCGCAUCGUCGGCGGCUUCAAAACCACCAUCGACAAAUACCCCUUUAUGACGAGCGAAUGUUUUCUUCAGGUGGAUAUUCAUAAGAACGAGAGGCAUCACUGCGGGGGCACGUUGUUGACCAUCGAUGUGGUGCUCACUGCUUCUCAUUGCGUCUACAAAAGGCACCUCUACGACUCCCAAAGA